AUGUCUGAACUGCAUGUUGAUCCACUUCCAUCGAGUGGUGUUGCUACUCCUGUCGUAAAAGCGGCAGAGGUUAAUGUCGACGCAUCUGGUAAGAAUUCUCUUAAUCAAAACCUUAAUAUUCCAAAUCCUGGUGAAACCCUAGGUGUAGAGACCCCUGAGAUGUCUGGAAAUUUGGGGAAAACUACUGAUAAAGAAACUGUUCCUGAUAACGCUGUGAAUGAUAAUCCAGAGGUUAUACUUGUUAAUGAAACUACUACCAGUGAUAAGGCUGUCCCUACAAACUCUGAGAUUAUUACUUCAAAAGAAAGAUUAACAAACAAACAAACCAACCAUCCAACAAACAUGCUUUCUUCUUCUUCUUCAUCUUCUUCUUCUUCUUCUUCUUCUCCGCAACACAAUCACAUUAUGAAUAAUAUGUUUGAGGAAGAGUUGCUAAAGGCAAAUGAUGAACGUUACCAAAUGGAAUUUGGAGGUCCAUCAAAACAGAGUGAUGAACAACAACAACCAAACCAAGAUGAACAACAACCCAACCAAUGUCUAAAAAAAAGGAACUAUCGCCGCCAUACACAAGAACAAAUAGAAGAACUUGAUACUUUCUUCAAGAAGAAUGCUUACCCAGAUGACAAGGAAAGAAAAGAGCUGAGUCGUCGGCUUGGAUUAGAUCUUUCACAAAUUAAGUUCUGGUUUCAGAACAGGCGCAAUGGUUUGAAGGUUCGAAGUGAAAGAGAAGAGAAUGAAUUAUUGAAGGCUGAGAUCGAAAAGCUUCGAGCUGAGAUGAAUAGAUACAAGACAACCCCAUCUACAUGUAACGUGUGCGGAAUUCCGGCUACUCAUAUGAUGUCCAAUGAGCAACAACAAUUGAAGUUGGAGAAUGCUCUCUUAAGAAAAGAGCUUGAAAAAUUUGGAGCUCAGAACCCGAUAAAUCCUGUCGAUUCCUAUAACAACAUAUCUUCACCACCGAAUAGCAAUCAAGGGCCUCAACAUUCUGUUGGUAACUACAAUGGAGCAAUGAAUGGUAUGGUAGGAGAAGCAUAUGUUGGUGGUAGUGGCAUUGGCAGUGAUCUUGUUAAGUACUAUGUUCCACCUCAAGGUCUUGAUGAUAGUAAGAUUGUUGAGUUAGCUGUUGUAGGAAUGGAUGAACUAAUAAGAUUGGAUCAAACUAGUGGGCCUCCUUUGUGGUUACCUACCAACUCUCUUAAUGGAGAAGAAUAUAUGUUGCAGUUUCCUACAAGCAUUGGUCCCAACCCAAUGAAGUUAAGACAUGAUGGUUCUAAAGAGUCUGCCGUGGUCUUCAUAAAUCCUAUUAGUUUGGUUGAUAUCUUUAUGGAUGUGAGUCAAUGGUCAAAUAUGUUUUGCGGAAUUGUUUCAAGAGCUGCAACACUCAAUGUCCUUUCAACUGGAGUGGCAGGAAAUUAUGACGGAGCCUUACAAGUGAUGUCAGCUGAAUUUCAGGUUGCCUCACCAUCUAUUCCUACUCUUGAAAACUAUUUCGUGAGAUACUGUAAAUUGCUUCCAAACAGUAUAUGGGUAGUGGCUGAUAUUCCCUUGGAUAAUUUUUCUCCUACAUCUAUCUCAAGAACCAAAAGAAGAGUUUCUGGUUGUUUGAUUCAAGAACUACCACAUGAUUAUUCUAAUGUUACAUGGAUUGAACACUUAGAAGUUGAGGAUAACGAGGUACAAACUAUAUAUACUCCUCUAAUUAAUUCUGGACUUGCAUUUGGAGCUAAACGGUGGAUAGCCAUAUUACAAAGACGAUGCGAACGUCUUGUUUAUUCAAUGUCCAACAACAUACCUAUUACAGGGAGCAUUGGUGUGAGGAUGACUAAUGCGGGAAAGGAAAGUAUGUUGAGGUUAGCAGGAAGAAUGGUAACCAGCUUUUGUACUAGUAUUGGUGCUUCUACAGCACAUGCUUGGACAAAUCUACCAUCAAAUGGGUCUGAGGAAGUAAAGGUUAUGACCAAAAAAUAUAUCGGCGAAUCAGGCAGUGAUAUAUCAUCUGAUGUAGUGUUAAGUACUGCUACUUCUUUCUGGCUUCCCAUUCCUCCCAAAAGGGUUUUUGAGUUUCUUCGUAAUGAAAGUUCAAGAAGUCGAUGGGAUAUUCUCUCCACCGGAUGUACAGUUCAAGAUGUGGCUCACAUUGUCAAUGGUUGUGAUCCUGGCAAUUGUGUGUCUUUACUUCGUGUCUGUAGUGAAAAUACAGGUCAGAGUAAUAGGGUGGUACUACAAGAGAGUUGCACUGACAUAACUGGCUCAUAUGUAGUAUAUGCGCCAGUUGAUGUCAUUGCAAUGAAUUUAGUAUUAUGUGGUGGCGACUCAAAUUGUGUUACUAUGAUUCCUUCCGGAUUCGCUAUUCUUCCCGAUGGAGGACCAAUUAUGGAUAAUGGAUCUGGAGGUUCUCUUAUCACAGUUGGAUUUCAAAUUUUUGUUGAUUCGGUUCCACAUACAAGGCUAGCUCUAGGUUCAGUCUCCACUGUUAACACUUUGCUCAAGGCCACUGUGGAAAGGAUUAAAGUUGCAUUGAUGCCUAAGUGACACCUAAUUCCAGUACCUUCAUAUGGCAGAACAAGCUAAGAUGACAAACUUGGAAUUUUUGAAACAAGGGGAACAAGUCAAUAAACACACCUUGGAUAUCUUUUCAAUUUUGGAACUUUGAAGGAACAUCUUAGGUUUGAAUAUUGACUUUCACCUAAUGAAAACCAAAAUACUUUCACCAAGUCUUGUUGUUUUAACUUGGAAUAAUUGCAAAUUUUAUCUUUCACUUUGAAUUUUUAUGUAUUUUAUGUGUUGUAUUGUCCCACUGACAAAUUUUCUCAAAUUGGUGGUAUGUUGUCGACUUUGAUUAUAACAAAACUCCGAUGAAUUUUCCCGUUUCUUUUGAGAUUUUGAAA